CAUUUUUACCCGAAGUUCUCGCUCUACUAUAAAGCCACCCCAAAAAUUUUGAAUAGAGAACCUCUAUUAUCUAGUCCUCUUCUUGUCCUACCUCACACAUACACACACACACACACAAACUCACGUUAAGCUUUUCUUCUGUAAACAGAGAGAGUAUGGCAGGCAAGCUUAUGCACGCAGUUCAUUACACUAAUUGUGGUGGAGGUCCCAGUGAUUUGAAGUAUGUUGAAGUCCCAGUUCCCACUCCAAAAAAAGAUGAGGUUUUGAUUAAAGUGGAAGCAGCCAGUAUUAGUCCUAUUGAUUGGAUGAUUCAGCAGGGCGGUGUGAAGCCUAUGUUUCCUCGUGAAUUACCUCAUAUACCUGGUACUGAUAUUGGAGGAGAGGUCGUUGACGUUGGAUCAGGAGUCAAAAAUGUCAAACCUGGUGACAAAGUCAUAGCUAUGCUUGGUUUUGCUAAUGGAGGUGGACUAGCUGAGUUUGCUGUGGCUAAGGCGAACUUGACAGUAAUUAGGCCAUUAGAAGUUUCGGCAGCUGAAGGUGCAGGCAUACCGUCUGCUGGUCUGAUGGCUCACCAAGCACUCACCGACUCUGCGGGUCUCAAGCUUGAUGGAACCGGAAAGCCCACAAACAUUCUCAUCACUAAUGGCUCAGAAAGUGUUGGUAACUAUGCAAUUCAACUAGCGAAGCUUGGAAAUGCACAUGUUACAGCAACCUGUGCACCUGAACACAUUGACCUUGCCAAGAGCUUAGGUGCUGAUGAGGUUGUUGACCAAACCACCCCAGAUGGGCAAGCUCUGAAAAGCCCAUCUGGUAAGAAAUAUGACAUAGUGAUUCACUGUGGAGGACCAACUUCUUGGUCAACUUUUGAGCCCCAUUUGGCUUCAAAUGGAAAGAUAUUUGAUGCAAAGCCUACACCUAGUUCCGUUAAGGCUUAUGCUCUAAAGAAACUUACUUUCACAAAGAAGCUGCUAAUUCCAGUUCUCUUUAGUUGCAAGGCUGAGAAUAUGGAUUUUCUUGUCAAGUUAGUCAAGGAAGGGAAGGUGAAGACAGUGAUUGACUCUAAGUACUCGUUGAGCAAUUUUGAAGAUGCUUGGGCAAAGAAUGCUGAAAACAAAAUUUUUGGGAAGAUCAUUCUGGAGCCUUAGGCAAUAAAACAUAUCACAUAAAUGCCUCAAUUAGUUGCUGAAAGGUUGUGUCUAAAAUGUUGUUCAAGGGCCACAUAAAUGUGUUUAAGUACACUAUUGCAUUUUAUUAUGUGUAAUCUGUCUUGUAUGUUGCUUUGAGUUCAAUAUUGUAAACGUUGAUGUUUGGGUUUCUUAUCCAUCUUUUCGUUUUGGUCAUGUUUGUUCUUAAAAGCAGAUGUUGCUCCCAGAGAUUCAUUGCUGGGAAUAAGGAUACUAUUUCAAACUAUGAGAACAUUUGUAGAAUUAAUACUCAAUUUAUAGAAAAAGAAAAAUUGCAAUUCUGGCCUCA